CCUCUCUUCCGAGUGGGAAGCUUCUCAGUUGUCAUUCAACAUUUUUUAAAGCACAAGCCGCUUUGCCGUGAAAGCGCCUGAUCCGAGCCACACUCCUCUGAAAGGCACAGGAGGGAAUACACAAUUGCAGAUUUCACCCGCCGUGGCGGUGCAGAUCACAGGAAACAACUGACUGAUAUCAUUUUAUUUGCAGGCAGGACUGUGUGCUUUUUUUUUUUUUUUUUUUUUUUUUUUUUUUAACCGCCUCGCGGCUCUUUUCCCCUCCCCUUUGCCAUUCCGCUUGUAUGGAUGUAAUUCAGAAUCUGUGUUAAUUCACGUGGGGGAUCCAGUUACAUCUUGUUCCGCUCCGGGUAUAUUAACAAGAGACCAAUAAUCGCCUUUGGACACACAGCCUUGUUGCUAACCUUUGAACUGAGAGGAUCAAGUUCAGAUCUGGUUACCUGCAUUGGGACGGGAAGGAAGAGGCGAGAGGGAGAGCGCGGGGGAGCGAGGCUGCAAUCUCAUUUGUGAGGCGCUCUCCGUGCUGCAGAUCCAGACUGCUAUAACACAUGCAGUGCAAAUGCAGGUAAGGCACACGCACGAACUGCGGAUGCAAAAACAAACUUGGGACUGUGCUGCCUGUAUGUUCUUAUCUACAGCCUGGCAGAUUGUGGGCAAGUGGCUUCUGCAGUUUCUGUAUCGUUGCUUUGUGACUAAUGACCUUGCGCAGAGUUGUUAAAAAAAUCCUCUCCGGAGAAAGAGCUGAACAUUUUAGGCGAUCUCUGAAGAUGGAUUUGGGUGCUUUUCUGCCAGCCAAAGGGGAUAUUCUAUGGACUGCUCUGUAAUACACAGGCUUCGUCUGCUCUCAGUUGUACGGCUUCCGACAUUAUUGGGAUUUUUUGAUUGUUUUUCUUUGUCUUUUUUUUUAAUUGAUAUUAUUUUUAAAGAACUGUCCAUUGCUAAGAGGAUUUGGAGUUUUCCCGGCCACGAGCCCUUUGAAUAAAGCGAAUCACAUUUUUUUUUCCUGUGUGUGCAGAGAGGGGGAAGAAUAAAGCUAAAGCCUUGGUCGUAAACGGCUGAGCGAGCGAGAGAGAGAGCGAGAGAGAAGAGAGAGAGAGUGUGUGAAUUGUAGUUAACUCUAGUGUCGAAGACGACGACCUGGGGGGCUUCAAAUCGCACAGUGCUGCUCCUGCUUUUAUUGCAAGCCUUGCAAAGUGAUUACAGUAAAAUCAGAGAGGAGGAGGAGGAGAAGGGGGAGGAGGAGGAAAAUCCCAUCCUAUCUGCCGAGAUGAAUCUUUAAAAAGCAAAAUACACUGUCCCGUGAACUGUAAGUAUAUUGCCACUGGAAGGCAGGGAGAGCAGCAGAGGAGCCCGCAGCAGGGUUUUAACCACCAAUUGCACCAGCCAUGAGACAUUAAGUUUCCUGGAAGAGAAGGAUUUUAUAACUGAUCACCCGGACGCUCAGCUUCGCUGUUGGUUCAUCGGGGGAGUCUAUUGGAGGUCGGGUGGGAGAAAGCGGAGGGGGCUUCUCGGUGCGAAGAUGAGGAAGAUGCGGACUCUCCUUGGCUUUGUGCAUUGCUGCUGCUGCUGCUGCUUCUUGCUGCUUCUGCCUCCGCCGCUCUGGGUCAGCCUGGCGGCGGCCAAGCAGCUCCUUAGGUACCGACUGGCCGAGGAGGGACCCGCCGACAUCCGCAUCGGUAACGUGGCUGCCGACCUGGGCAUCGUGACGGGCUCCGGAGAGGUGACAUUCAGCCUGGAAUCGGGCUCCGACUACCUCAAGAUCGAUAACAUGACCGGGGAGCUGAGCACCACGGAGCGGCGCAUCGACCGCGAGAAGCUGCCGCAGUGCCAGAUGAUCUUCGACGAGAACGAGUGCUUCCUGGACUUCGAGGUGUCGGUCAUCGGCCCCUCGCAGAGCUGGGUGGACCUCUUUGAGGGCCGGGUCAUCAUCCUGGACAUCAACGACAACACCCCCACCUUCCCCUCGCCCGUCCUCACGCUCACCGUGGAGGAGAACCGGCCCGUAGGGACCCUCUACCUGCUCCCCACCGCCACCGACAGGGACUUCGGCCGCAACGGCAUCGAGCGCUACGAGCUGCUGCAGGAGCCUGGCGGGGACGGCGGCCGGCGCGGCGGCGGCGGCGGGGGGGCCUCGGCGGGCGCCGAGAGCGCCCUCUACCCCGGCGGCAGCAAGCGGCGGCAAGAGGCGGACGCGGGCCGGAGCAGCGUGUUCGAGCUGCAGGUGGCCGAUACCCUGGACGGCGAGAAGCAGCCGCAGCUCAUCGUGAAGGGGGCGCUGGACCGCGAGCAGCGCGACUCGUACGAGCUGAGUCUCCGCGUGCGCGACGGCGGCGAGCCGGCGCGCUCCUCGCAGGCCAUCCUGCGGGUGCUCAUCACCGACGUGAACGACAACAGCCCCCGCUUCGAGAAGAGCGUCUACGAGGCCGACCUGGCGGAGAACAGUAGCCCCGGGACGCCCAUCCUGCAGCUGCGGGCCGCCGACCUGGACGUGGGGGUGAACGGGCAGAUAGAGUACGUGUUCGGCGCGGCCACCGAGUCCGUGCGGCGCCUGCUGCGCCUCGACGAGACCUCGGGCUGGCUCAGCGUCCUGCACCGCAUCGACCGCGAGGAGGUGAAUCAGCUGCGCUUCACCGUCAUGGCUCGCGACCGGGGCCAGCCCCCCAAGACGGACAAGGCCACGGUGGUGCUGAACAUCCGCGACGAGAAUGACAACGUGCCCACCAUCGACAUCCGUAAGAUCGGGCGCAUCCCGCUGCGGGACGGCGUGGCCAGUGUGGCUGAAGACGUGCUGGUGGACACCCCCAUCGCGCUGGUGCAGGUCUCGGACCGUGACCAGGGUGAGAAUGGCGUGGUGACCUGCACCGUGGUGGGGGACGUACCCUUCCAGCUCAAGCCGGCGAGUGAGGGCGAGGGGGAGCCGCAGAACAAGCGCAAGUACUUCCUGCACACCUCGGCGCCCCUGGACUACGAGGCCGUCCGCGACUACAACGUCGUCAUCGUGGCCGUGGACUCGGGCAGCCCCAGCCUGUCCAGCAACAACUCCCUGCUGGUGCGGGUUGCGGACACCAACGACAACCCGCCGGUGUUCAGCCAGGCCGUGCUGGAGGUCUCCUUCCCCGAGAACAACCUGCCCGGCGAGCGCGUGGCCACCGUGGUGGCCACGGACGCGGACAGCGGCAAGAACGCCGAGAUCACCUACUCGCUGGAGCCGUCGCCCCUCUCUCCCGAGGCGCCGGGCGGCCUCUUCACCAUCGACCCGGACUCGGGCGACGUGUCGGUGCAGGCGGUGCUGGACCGCGAGCAGCGCGACACCUACGAGUUCCAGGUGACGGCGCGCGACAAGGGGGUGCCGCCGCUGCAGGGCUCCGCCACGGUGGUGGUGCGCGUGGCAGACCGCAACGACAACGAGCCGCGCUUCAUGCAGGACGUGUUCACCUUCUACGUGAAGGAGAACCUGCAGCCCAACAGUCCCGUGGGCAUGGUCACCGUCAUGGACCUGGACAAGGGCCGCAACGCCGAGCUCAGCCUCUCCAUCCAGCCCAGCGAGCACGACCAGGCCGCCGGCAUCUUCUCCAUCGAGAACGACACGGGCACCAUCUACUCCACCGUCUCCUUCGACCGGGAGCAGCAGACGAGCUACACCUUCCGGGUGAAGGCGGUGGACGGCGGCGAGCCGCCGCGCUCGGCCACUGCCACCGUGUCCCUCUUCGUCAUGGACGAGAACGACAACGCGCCCGCCGUCACCUUCCCCAGCAACAGCUCCUACACGGUGCUGCCUCCCUCCAGCAACCUGCGCACCGUGGUGGCCACCGUGGUGGCCACGGACGCCGACACCGGCCUCAACGCCGACCUCAAUUACAGCAUCGUGGGCGGAAACCCCUUCCGCCUCUUCGAGAUCGACCCGGCCAGCGGCGUCGUGUCCCUGGUGGGCAAGCUGGCGCCCAAGCACUAUGGCCUGCACCGCCUCGUGGUGCAGGUCAACGACAGCGGGCAGCCGCCGCAGUCCACCACAGCUCUGCUCCACGUCUUCGUCAACGAGAGCCUCUCCAACGCCACCGUGGUGGAGAGCCAGGUGGCGCGCAGCCUGCACACGCCGCUGGCCCAGGACAUCGCCGGCGACCCGAGCUACGAGCUGAGCAAGCAGCGCCUCAGCAUCGUCAUCGGCGUGGUGGCCGGCAUCAUGACCGUGGUGCUGCUCAUCCUCGUGGUGGUCAUGGCCCGCUACUGCCGCUCCAAGGGCAAGCACGGCUACGAGGCCGGCAAGAAGGACCAUGAGGACUUCUUCACGCCGCAGCCGCACGACAAGGCCAAGAAGCCCAAGAAGGACAAGAAGGGCAAGAAGGGCAAGCAGCCCCUCUACAGCAGCAUCGUCACCGUGGAGGCCUCCAAGCCCAACGGGCAGCGCUACGACAGCGUCAACGAGAAGCUCUCGGACAGCCCCAGCAUGGGGCGCUACCGCUCGGUCAACGGCGGCCCGGGCAGCCCCGACCUGGCGCGCCACUACAAGUCCAGCUCGCCGCUGCCCACCGUGCAGCUGCACCCGCAGUCCCCCACCGCCGGCAAGAAGCACCAGGCCGUGCAGGACCUGCCGCCGGCCAACACCUUCGUGGGCGCCGGCGACAACAUCUCCAUCGGCUCGGACCACUGCUCUGAGUACAGCUGUCAGGCCGGCAGCAAGUACAGCAAGCAGCCAUUUCGUAGAGUGACGUUUUCUGUUGUGAGUCAGCCUCAGGACCCGCAUCAAGGGUCAUUGCAGAGUUGCUAUGACAGCGGUCUGGAGGAGUCAGAAACACCAAGCAGUAAGAGUUCAUCAGGGCCAAGACUGGGUGCCCUUCCACUCCCAGAGGACAACUACGAAAGGACUACGCCGGAUGGCAGUGUUGGUGAGGCAGAGCAUAUGGAAAAUGAUUCACGACCUCUACCAGAUGUAGCCCUGACAGGGAAGUGUACCCGAGAGUGUGAUGAGUAUGGCCACUCGGACUCCUGCUGGAUGCCAGUUCGCACUUCUCCAGAAAGGAAGCAGAAGAGCCAGCCAAAACUCUCCACUUUCAUGCCAGUUGAUGAACGAGGCAGUCAAGAAAAGCUGGCCAAUGGAGAAGCCUCCCUCAUGGGUGACCGCAACAGAAACCUCCUAAACAAAAAGUUAACCUCAUCCUAUGAGACCUUCAGCGCGGCUAGUUUCAGCAAAAAUGAAGAAGGCAAUCCAGAGGAUAUCCCCCUUACACAGACAGGGGACUACAAGCCAUCUCCUGUCAAUACUUUAACUAGAAGAGAAGUUUACCUGUAGGCUAAAAAGCAACAACAAAAUUCUUUCACGUUAUAAGAAGAAAAAGGGGCAAAAGUCUUAAAAGGAGAACAACUUUACCUAAAAAUAACAAACAAAAAAAGAGGGGGCUACCAAAGAGACAAAAGCUCUGCCUGCUAUUUCUGCCUCCAUAUGCAGGCAUUUAACUAUACUGUCUGCCUGACUAUACUGUACAAUGUAGAAACCAUUAUUGUUGCAUGUCUAAUUCUCCCUCACUGAUUUUUAUUUUCCUAAAUUUAUGGUUGCAAAUUCCUCCCAUAGUAACAAGCUUAAUUAAAAAGAACACAACACACAGUUGUUACCCCUCUGCAGAAGCAUGAGUCAAGCCACUCAUUUUCUUUGAUUGUCAUCUGGCUUGUUGAGGAUAACAGGUCAGGGAAAAUAUAUUAAAAACAUAUCAUCUGAAUAUUGCUGAUCCCCACUAGGGGCAAUCCUUCAGAAACCAUACAGUUAUAGAGGUAAAUACAAAGGAAUAACUAUUAAUAGGCACUUUGUGAAGACCACAGCUUUAAUAUUCUCACUUCUCAUCUGAGGCUGGAAGCAACAGAAAUAACAUUCAUCCUGAGACUGCCGUCCAGGCAAUGGCAUACUUUCUGCUGAAUCUUGAACUCUGGUUCUGUUUUAUCCAUAGAACAACCAUGUUCUUGCUGUGUCUCUUUCUCUCCUCCUCUCUCGUUCUCUGUAAUAAUUACUUCAAUGUAAACACAAUUAGUAACACAUAGACAGUAGCAUAGUAAUGACAAACUGUUGAACUCAAUAUUUUGGACAAGACCAACAUCUAGCUGGGAAGACCGUAAUAACAAAAAGGCCAAAGAUCAUACUAUGGAUCAGGGGAACUGCUGAGUAUGGGGGCUUGGCUUAGAAGACUAAUAUAUUCACAAAUAUACAUAUGUACACAUAACAUGCCACACAUUUUGCCCAGGUGACGUGCUAUUUUUUCCAAUACAUUUAGAGUUGAAUGCCCAAAGGAAUGGAUUUGAUUUUUUUCGGAAGGACACGAUAUGGUGCAGCAGAUGCUGCAUAUGAUAUGAUACUGCCAGUUCCAGGGAAUUUUUACAAUCAAAAUUUAAAAAUAGUAAUAGAAGGCUGUGUUAAUGAGACUGGGAAAGAGAGUGUGGAGGAUGGUAUGAAGCAGUAACAAGAGCAUAUUACAAGUCAACUAUGAUGCCUUUUUUUCAGAAUGCAAGGAAUGCUUGCUAAGUCUUUCAUCAUCAGUGUUGCAGCUUACCAAUUGCUUCAGUUGUAUCAAAGAUAUGAUGCAGGUUUUCUUGAAACACAAGUGCAUUAAAGCCGAGUGAAGUGCAAUACUAACCAAUGUCAAGACUCAACGCAUAGGGCAGGUAGAAAAUGGUCUAAUAAUCAGUGAUAUGAUACUUGCACAGCAGUGGGUCAAGACGAGUCAAAAAGAAAGCAAGUGACCAUGAUAUGCAAGAGCUCUGGGCUGUAACAGUUCUCAUGGUGAGCACUUCUUGAGCGGAACAGGAAAUAAAACAGGUUUUUGUGCAAUAAAAGCAACAAAGUGUGCAGAACUUCAGCUAGUAAGCUGACAAUGUAGUAAUAAUUAAAACUGCGCUCAGACAUUCAGAUGAAUCUGACAAUCGGACAACACAGCAAGGGCAGCUUGAGAAGGGGGAAAGCAUUCAAAACCCUGGAUGUUUAACCUGAUGUUAAGUAAGGCAUGGCUAGAUGGCUCUCUAGUAUAUUUUAGUCAUGAUGUAGCUUUGGGUAGUUUCUUGCUUUGAAGAAUUACAUAGAGUAUAAAUCUUAAAUGGCCUAAGUAGAGGUUGCUAAAAUCAAUACAGCUCAUCACAUUUGUCUUUUGACUUCUCCUCAGUAUAGUGGGGUAUGGCCUUUUUUGGCCAUUCCAUUCUCCUCGCUAAAGUUUAUUUUCUUCAUGUAGCACUAGUUUGUGUAUAGCAGUUAUGAGGAAUGGGCACAUUUUAGAAAGAAAAUAUUAAAUCAAAGAUAAACAAUGAUUGAACUUUUUUUAUGUUUAAUUACUCAAAUAAAAUGGAGAGAUGCAAACUAGUACUUUGUUAUGGGACUGCAUAGAGCAGUUACUGCUUUGUAUAAUCUGUAAGUACCUGUUAAAAAUGCUUCUAAAAUGCUUAUGUAAUGUAUAAACAUUUUUCUUGCACGUUUCAACAGAAUACACAAUUGCAUAACACAAAUGUUCAACAGAUUUUUUUUUUCUUUAGUAAGAAUUUGUUUUACUUAAAAAAUAAACACAAAAAAAGAACAUUAGAUAGCUUGUUUCAAUAUAUUGUUAAACCCUUUUUCUACAAAGCUAAUAAUAUGGGUCAUAGAAGACCUUCAGAUUAAAUGGAUCAGCAGUCACUCACCAAUUUUUGCACCACAUAAGACAGUCAUGCCAUUAAGUACUUUACUUGUGCGCAUCUCCUUAGAACUAAAAUGGGUGUGAAAAUUUUAAAAGAAUCUGUGUACUGUAAGUAUUCACAGUAAUUCUAGUAGAACUAGCCACUGUUAACAUGCUGAUUACUCUUCUGACCUGGCAUGACACAAAUAUAUUUUGUGGUUUUUUUUUUUUUUUUUUUUAAUUUGAAAUAGGUUAAAAUCUGGUGCCACUCCAUAAACAGAGUGCUUUUAUAUAAAAAAUAAAACUAUAAAAAUAAUUAGGGUGAAUGCAAAAUAUGCAACUGUGCCUUUUAUACCUGUUAUUAUGGUAAUGUGGUAGUUGGGUUUGGACACUGAGGGACAAGGGGCUAUUCCCAACUUUUUUGAACCUGUAUAUUUACCUGUGUUUAUUUUCUGAGAAAUUAUAAAUAAUAUAUUUAAAAACAAGCCUUUUGCCAAACUCAGUUAAUGGACCAGUCUUAAGCAUUAUUAACACAAGGCUGUGGUUUAAGUACAUCUCGAGAAGGGUUUUUUUGUUUUUUUUUUUUUAAUAUUUGUGUGGGGUUUGGGGUUGUUUUCAUUUGUUUUUAAUUCUGCUGCCUGGAAAACUAUGAUCAGUCUAUAUUAUAGUUGUUUAGCAAGGUGUCAUCAGUUCAUGUUGCCAGGAAAAUGGACUUUUUUUUUAUUAUUAAUUGCUUUUAGCUGCCAUUACAUUUUGGUUGUACAGAAUAGGAAUCAUCCUUUUAUUUCCUUCCAUGGGAAACUCAAAUGAGCUUUGCAUGUAUUUUACAUUAGGACACUUUUAUAGAUUGAAGCGUUAAUAUAUAACUUUAUAUGUAUUAGAAAACUCAAUAGCUUUGGUCUAAAAAUCUAAUGCUCAUUCGGGAUCUCUGAU